UGGUGUUUUUUUUGGAAGUGUAGUACACAUUCAUGAUUCCCCAACUAAUAUAGAAACUGUAUAUCUCAUUCCAAGACAUGCCCUAGCUACAGUACUCAGCAGUUAUCAGUGUUGACUGUUGACCAGAAGAAGAAGAAGAAGAAGAAGAAGAAAUAGCAGAAACCAGGGAAGGCAGAUAUGGAUUGGUAUUUGUCGAUGCCCAAGGUGGAACUACACGCUCACCUCAAUGGUUCCAUUAGAGACUCCACUCUAUUUGAACUUGGUAGAGUUUUGGGUGAAAAGGGCACCAUAAAUUUCUCUGAAGUAGAACAUGUUAUCCUGAAAAACGACCGUUCGCUCCACGAAGUGUUUAAGUUGUUUGAUCUGAUUCACAUUGUUACUACUGACCAUAAAACUGUUACAAGAAUAACAAAAGAAGUUGUUGAAGAUUUCGCUGCCGAGAAUGUUGUCUAUCUGGAGUUAAGAACAACUCCUAAGAGGAAUGAUUCUAUAGGGAUGAGCAAGCGCUCUUACAUGGAAGCUGUACUUGAGGGUUUGAGGUCUGUCAGCGUGGUUGAUGUUGAUUAUGCUCCUCAUAACUUGAGUAGCAUAACUGAUACAUGUAAUGGAACUGUAAGAAAGAAGAUAUAUGUUAGACUUCUACUCAGCAUUGACCGUCGUGAGACUACUGCAUCUGCAAUUGAAACUGUUAAGCUUGCGAUGGAAAUGAGAGAUAUGGGUGUAGUGGGUAUUGAUCUUUCUGGCAACCCUAUUGUUGGUGAAUGGGGCACAUUUCUGCCAGCUUUAGAGUUUGCCAGGGAACAAGGUCUCUCUGUCACUCUUCACUGCGGAGAGGUACCGAAUCAGAAGGAAAUCCAAUCGAUGUUAGAUUUUUUUCCUGAAAGAAUUGGCCAUGCUUGUUGCUUUGAAGAGGAAGAAUGGGGAAAGCUGAAAUCACUUAAGAUUCCGGUUGAGAUUUGUUUGACAUCCAACAUCCGCACUGCAACAAUUUCAUCAAUUGAAAUUCAUCAUUUUGCUGAUUUGUAUAAUGCAAAACAUCCAACAGUUCUGUGCACUGAUGAUUCAGGGGUAUUCUCUACUAGUCUUUCUGCCGAGUACAGUCUUGCCUCUUCGACAUUUGUUCUUGGAAAGAAGGAAAUGUUUCAACUAGCUAAGAAUGGCAUUGAAUAUAUAUUUGCUAAUGAUGAGGUGAAGAGGGAAGUAAGAGAGGUUUUUGAUUUGGCCGGAAGGAAGCUGGAUUUCGCCUGAGGAUAAUUAAAACUCUUGGCGGUAUGUAUUUCACUUGGGUGGCGGCUGGUGGUGCCUUAUGGAAGGUUGUUUAAUACUACAUAUUAUUAAAUUCUUGUGGAAGGUCAGAACACUAGCAAGUGCUUAUCUCUGUUAAAAGCGCUGAAAACACUAAUAACUGUUGUUAACUCACAUGGAAUUUGAUUAAGCUAUUGGGGUAGCUAAAUAUUUGCACUAUUUAUGGCAAUUCUUUACCUUUCUGUUUAUAAAUAGAA